UUUCAUCAAAUCAUUAAUUCUUUGUGAAGAAUGUUUAGAGCUUUGAGUACAAGGAGAAGAAGCCAUAAGGGUUAUGAUCAGUUAACUGAUGCAGAUAAGCACUCUAAUACUGCUUUGCUGCCUAAGUUGAGUAGGGCCAGAAGCUUGCCCGCUAAAUUUCUCAGUUCAACCAAGAAUCUAAAUCUUGUUCCAAGGCCAAGUACUAAUCCGACCGAGCAGGUUAAGAAGGCCAGUAAGGUUCAUCCCUUUUUCAGUCUUUUUGAAAGCAGGAAAAGGAAGAAGGCAACAGCAAAACCUGAAUUCUCAAGGUAUAUGGAGUAUGUCAAGGAGGGAGGUAUAUGGGAUGUCAAAGCAAAUAUGCCUGUUAUAUACUAUAAAUGAACACGCUUAAUUUGUUCUAUACAUAUAUAUGUAUCGCACUUACAUGAGUUUAAUUGGGUAGAAAUGUACUGAUGAGCUGAGAUUUUGUCCGUGAUUGGAAUCGAAUUAUUCAGGUGGUUAAGAAAAUAUAUAUACUUGUGUGUUUUUACUCUAUCAUCUUAAAUUUUGGAUGAGCAGAUCUUAAAAGUAAAUAUAUAUCGUAGUUCAAGUCUAA